AUGACAUCAGAUCUUAAAUUAUUAGAGCAACGUAUUAUAGACCUUGAAGCUGAGAAUGCUGAGAUUCCUGAACUUAGAAAAAAGUUUGCCGAAGUUGAAGAUAAGAAUGCCAAACUUGAGACUGAGAACUUCGAGAUUAAAGCUGAAAUAAUGAAACUAAGGGCCGAACUCAAGAGCGGAAUUGAGGAGUUGGAGAAGAGUAGGACGGAUACUGUUGCCGAGAGUGCUAGGCGUGAUAUUGAGAGUGAUAAGCUUAAGGCUAGAGUUGCCAAGUUAGAACAAGAUUCUAGACAGCCACAGGAUGAUUCACCUUUUGAGGAAGCUUUCAGUGUACCAGAAUCUGUAGCAGUCCAGCUCAAGAAGCAUAUGCCUUUCGGAGAGAAUGUGGAACCAGAAGCGUUACCAGAAGUAGUUGUAACUGCCAGCCCUUCACUUUGCGAAGAGGAUAGAAAGACCGAUGAAUUCCUAGAUUUGGUAAAGCGGAAGGAAAAGCUUCAACACGAGACAGCGGAGAAUCCAAAGGAUCAAGAGGCACCCAUGAUUUCCCAGAAUAUUUCUUCUGUAAAAAACGUUCCAAUUCUUGACGAUCAGCAAAAAGUCACUUAUCUGGAAGAGGGUUGUUUCGGAAGAACUGAAUCUGAACAAAAUGAUGAACUUAUUCCUCUUCUCGAGAAAAAUCUUAUUGUAGAACAUGAAUUAAUACAACAGCUUUCAACAACUAUUAACAAUGAUGAAGUAUCAAGCAUAUUUCGUAGGAAUACUGGAUCAGUGGACCUUGACCCAUCUUUAGUUUCUGCACAAAGCAUAGUUCAUAUGUUUCGAGAGGCCAUUCGAUCAGGUCAAAAUGCUAUUUUAUGUUGGUACCAUUUCACGGAAAAAUAUGACAAGAGAAUAGUUGAGGUAUCUGUUGAUAAGAAAGUCAAAGGUAGUGAUAAAAAUGAUGAUUAUUAUGAGAUUACUAAUGAAUCUCUAUAUCUAUUAUGCAAGUUAAAUCAUAACGAAGAGAAUGAUAUAGAAGGCAGAUAUGAAAUUGGAUUUUAUAAUCUUAAAUGUAAACAACAUAGAAUUGAAAUUAAG